AAGUAUUCACUGAGUACCUGAUCGAUGAAGAUGAAUUUAUUCAUGUAAUAUAUGAUGACGAAACAUUAGAAAAUGAGAAUCACACAGUAAAUGACGAUACAAUACAUUUCAAAAACAAUCUGCCUAUACAAAAGAAGAA